AUGAACAUGCAAGAGCGAGUGCUCAGCGUCCUUGGGUGCCGCUACGUUGACGACGUGCUGCUGGAUGCCCCGUGGAGUGUAACCCGUGAGAUGAUCGCAACCCUGCGAGUGUCGGUUGUGGUGCGAGGCACCAUCUGCGACACUGCACAGAGGCAGGAGCUGGAGGAUCCUCAUGCAGUCCCGAAAAGUUUGGGCAUGCAUGUGGAGCUCCACAGCGAGGAGACCUUGUCGCUUGCAUCGAUCUCGGAGCGCUUGAAGGCACGCGGUCCAGAAGCAUCGCAAAGACAGCAGCAGAAAGCGUCUCAGGAGCAGGCCUGGUUCCGGGACAAGCACGGCCUACGGCCAGAAGAGGGCUGA